GUCAGACCCCUGGAUACAGCGCUAGCGAGACGCUGAGCAAGGAACACACGGCACGCUCCGAAGGGCAACCCGGAAAGGACCAAAAAAGGAAAGAAGGAGAAUCUGAAGGGCAAAUGAACAAGAUGCAACGACGAUGGCAUCGUGCGACAACGUUGUGAGCAUUUGUUGGGCGUGGCGAGAGGCUUGCCAGCGGGCUUAUUAAUGAUGUCUGUGCUGUCCUGCUGCGGCUGCGGCUGAGGAGAGGCAGGAGCACCAGCAGUAAUGCUUUCCCACACCAGGGUGCUGUGCCUCCCUCCUGGUCGGAGUGUGAGAUUAAUGACAGCGAGCUUGGUACGUACUACUAACAGUACAACGUGGAUGAUAACCUCGAUGAGACUCCCCCGUCCCCCCGCUGCCGACCUGCAAGUAAGAAUCGGCGUUGCCCGAGGUCCUUCCCAGGCGAUACAGGACGUCAACGAAGCCAUCAUGUAUCACGCACCAUCCCCUACAACGCGCAUUAGUGCCGUACUCCGUACUCUUUCGGAGAGCAGCACUGCUACAGGUACCUAGGCAAGCAUAAGGUACUAACGUACCAAGACGUGAAGCACAUGGUGAAGUACGAACGCACUGCCCCACUGGGACGGGAGGCGUCCAGCAAGAAGCAAGCAAGCGUCGCAGCAGCCCCGCCGUCACCUCGUCACCUCAUCCCGCCUCACUCACUCACUCACACCACUCAACUCACUCACGUCUUGCCGCACACCCGCAGCGAACUCGCCUCGCCUAGCACUUCGUACUGCAACAGACCUUUACCAACCAACCACCGGCUUCAACCACCACCACCACCACCAACACCAUCGUCAACGUCCUCGUCCCGUCGCAGCCGGCCGCCACGCCCGCACGAGGUAUUACAUGACGCGACGACGACGAAUCCCCGCCCGCAGCAAGGCCGCCGCCGCCGCCGCCGCCGCGCGACCCGCAUCGGCGUGAACGAGCGAGCCACCUCAUUCCGUUGCCCCCCCCGAGUGCGGCUUUCCGACCUGGACCUUCCCUCGCCCCGCGGGUCAAGGACGUUGCAGAGCCAGCCCGCGCCCUGCCUCGGCGUACCGUUGGCGACCCUCGCCCGAAGCAAGCGUCGGCGUCACACACACACAUACACACGCACACAUACAUACGCGCACACACCCACGCCGUUUGCGCAUCGCACCCCGGCUCGACAACCGGCCAUGGCGCCGCAGCAGACCCCCGUCCCUCCUCCUCCCAUCUCCACCUCUGUGCCGCCGCCGCUGGUCCCCCCGGUCCCCGCGUCCGCAUCCGCGUCAUCAGCCUCCGGAUCUGCCGCCGCGCCGGCGGCGGCGCCGCCCACGGAGCCCAUCCCCCCUCCCCCCGUCUCCCCCAUCACGCCCACCCUCGCCCCGGCUCGCCUCCCCGACACGGCCACCCCGCAGCCGCCGCUCCCGCCGCCGCGCCAGGCCCUCGUCCACUCCUCCCAGCCCGCCCAGCAGGUCGCCGUCCCGCCCCCGCCCCCGGAGCCCCUCGACUUCGACGCCAACCCGGACGUCCUCGCCCUCAAGUCCGCCAUUUCCGUCCUCCAGGUCCAGGGGCGCCGCGCCGCCGCCGACAUGCAGACCCUGAGCCGCGCCAGGGACGAGGCCCUCGCCGACCCCGACGCCUUCAUGCGCGACCUCGCCGCCGGCAAGGUCAAGUCCGCCGGUGACGAGGCGAGGUAUGUGCCGCCGAGGCGUGCCAACGACGACGACGACGACGACGACGAUCGGGAAGACGACCAAGGAGAAGAAGACGAUUCCUCUUCCAGCUCCUCCUCUAGUUCAGAUGAGGACGCCGACGCCACCUCCAAAGGCUCUCGAGAGCCCAAGCCCAAAGCCUGGACCUCCCUGCCGCAGCCCCAAAACGUCGUUCGCUGCCCACCCAUCAACUGGUCCCAGUAUGCCGUCGUCGGCGAGUCCCUCGACAAGCUGCACGCCGAGCAAGUCUCCCGUCCGACGCAGGGCAUGCCCGCCUCCAUAGGCACCGGCGGCGUCUACGAGUUCAAGGGCGACGGCCGCCAAGAAAAGUAUCUCGGCGUCGCCGCGCCCUACGCGCCCGGCAAGGACCGCAUCGAUAAGAAGCACAAGGGGAAGAAGUCGUAAAACAGGACGCCCUCGCGGGAACCCUGGCCCUAUCUGCCAGGAAAGAUAAAGGGAAGCCUUUUCGGGAUGCUAUUACGAGUAUGGUUACGAGUGCAUUCAUAGGCGUUGUGGUUCAUCGGCUGUGUUCAAGCCUUGAGACAAGCCGCGGGGAUGGCUUGGUGCCAGAACCGGCCAAGGAUUUUUCUGCUUUAAUUAUCAAGUACUCUGCGUGGAAACGAGAAUGAAGACAAGCAUGCUUCCUAUGCUGCUAUUGCCGCAAUUAUGCAUACGGCCAACCCUCAUAUGAUGUUACCCGCACCUCAAGUUCACGUAGCGACGGUUUGUUUUUGCUCCUCUUAUUGAUGGAAAUGUACGCUGGAUGCGAAUACAGCCGCGCACAACUGAUCAUGUUGAGCCUAGUAACACAAGUCGGAGACGUCGUUAACUCCUCGCUCUUCAUCCGCGGCGGAGACCGCCACGCCAUCGUCGUGCCAAAAGCGCGGGCUAGCUACGACCUGAGCCCAACCCAGCUCAUCCACUGUCUUUGGCGGCUCUGUCGGAACCGGAUCCGCCCCAGCAUGGAUCACUACUCUGGAAAGUCCCUGCACAAGGUCAGUCCGUGUCUUCACAAGCUAUUGUGGCCCUACACACUCCAUGCUCUGUUGUACAGACCGUCGCAGUCGGCGGUUAUACAUCUUCUUGCUGUCCGAAGUCUUACCCCAAUACAGACGGGUGGCUUCGGGAUUGACAAUCAUGCGGGGGUCGUAGGCGGGCUCUUCCUCCUCUAGGACCGAUAUU